CUGUUGGCAAACAAGUUUUCCAAUAUGGCGGGCCACGUUGGUGGGAGUGAAGGGGGAAGUAAUAGCAUGGAUAAAAGCAUUACUCUCCCACCGGACGAAAUCUUUCGGAAUUUAGAAAAUGCAAAGAGAUUCGCUAUUGACAUAGGUGGUUCAUUGACAAAGCUCGCUUAUUAUUCUACGGUGCAGCACAAAGUGGCCAAAGUGAGGUCAUUUGAUCAUUCAGUCAAGGAAGCAGAGGGGGAUCCUCUGUAUGAAAUUUCUGUACAAGAAGAGAUCACCGCUCGACUCCACUUCAUCAAGUUUGAGAAUGCGUACAUCGAAACCUGCCUGGACUUCAUUAAAGACCACCUGGUUAACACGGAAACCAAAGUCAUCAAAGCCACAGGUGGAGGAGCGUACAAGUUCAAGGAUCUGAUCGAGAAGAAGCUCAAACUCAAAGUUGACAAAGAGGAUGAAAUGACAUGCCUGAUCAAAGGCUGUAACUUUGUCCUGAAGAACAUCCCCCAUGAGGCCUUUGUUUACGCCAAACAUGCGGACCCAGAGUUCCGCUUUCAGAACACACACCCCGACAUCUUCCCUUACCUGCUUAUCAACAUCGGCUCAGGGGUGUCCAUCGUUAAGGUGGAAUCGGAAGACAAAUUUGAGCGCAUAGGAGGAAGUUCCAUUGGUGGGGGGACUUUCUGGGGACUUGGGGCCUUGCUCACCAAAACAAAGAGGUUUGACGAGCUGCUUCAGCUGGCAUCCAAAGGGCAGCACUCCAAUGUGGACAUGCUGGUCAAGGAUAUCUAUGGGGGGGCCUACGAGUCCUUGGGCUUAACUGGUGACCUCAUCGCCAGCAGCUUUGGGAAAUCAGCCACUACAGACAAACAGUUCUCCAAAGAAGACAUGGCCAAGAGCCUGCUGCACAUGAUCAGCAAUGACAUCGGCCAGCUGGCCUGCCUGUACGCGCGGCUGCACAACCUCAGCAGGGUCUACUUUGGGGGCUUUUUCAUCCGCGGCCACCCUGUCACCAUGCACACCAUCACCUACAGCAUCAACUUCUUCACCAAGGGGGAGGUCCAGGCGCUCUUCCUCAGACAUGAGGGGUAUCUGGGAACCAUUGGAGCUUUCCUCAAAGGAGCAGAGGAGGAUAGUGAGUGUUCAGUGACAAACAGUGACCCUAACCAGUACAGCUGGGGAGAGAACUAUGCUGGGAGUUCCGGACUCAUGAGUGUGUCUCCAGACAUCAACCCCAUGCAGCGUGCCCGCAGUGGAACCUUCACUUUUGACAUGUUGGAGAUGGACCGGCUGGACAGGCAGCUGGUCAACCUGCCACUGCUGCAGGACCCGUCCUCCUACAUCCCUGACACUAUGGACCUCACCGAGGACUCCCACGCCAGGGAGUACUGGCUCUACUGCUUCGAGGAGGCAUUGGAUGGGGUGGUGAAGCGUGCUGUGGCGAGCCGGCCAGACCUCCCGGAGGCGACAGAGCAAGCCGAGAAGUUCCGGCAGAAAUACCGGCACAAGCUGCAGACGCUUCGCCAACAGCCUUUUGCUUAUGGAUCCCUCACCGUCCGAAGUCUGCUAGACACACGGGAGCACUGCUUAAAUGAGUUCAACUUUCCUGACCCCUACUCAAAGAUAAAGCAGCAGGAGAACGACAUGGCGCUGAAGUACUACCAGAAGGUGGUGCGGGCCCUGGAGGACCUAAGCUGGGAGCAGAGGCAGUUUGCCUUGGUCCGCGGCCUGCUGGCGGGCAACGUGUUCGACUGGGGAGCCAAAGCCGUCUCUGACGUUCUAGAGACAGACCCAGGGUUUGGCUUUGAACAGGCAAAGCAGCAGUUGCAAGAAAGACCAUGGCUUGUGGAUGCCUAUAACCAGUGGAUUGAGAGGUUGAAGGGCGAGCCUCAUAAAUGUGCAUUGUUUUUCGUAGAUAAUAGUGGGAUAGACAUCAUAUUGGGAGUUUUCCCAUUUGUUAGAGAACUCCUCCUCCGUGGCACACAGGUUGUGUUCGCCAGUAAUUCUGGUCCAGCUCUGAAUGACGUGACUAACAACGAGCUGCAGAUUUUGACGGAGCGAAUCGCUGGCAUGGAUCCUGUUAUCCAGUCUGCUGUCAAGGACGACAGGCUGACUCUGGUUCAAAGUGGUUCCAGCUCCCCUUGCCUCGACUUGAGUCGGCUAGACAAAGUCCUGGCCACGGUGGUGCGAGAGCGGCGGACGGACCUGGUCAUCAUCGAGGGCAUGGGCCGUGCCAUCCACACCAAUUACUACGCGGCACUGAGCUGUGAGAGCCUCAAGCUGGCCGUAAUCAAGAACUCCUGGCUGGCGGAGCGCCUGGGCGGCAAGAUCUUCAGUGUGGUCUUCAAGUACGAGGUGCCGCCCCAGAUGCAGGUGCAGCACUAGCCAGGGCCAAGUCCAUAGCUGCACCACAGGCCACUGAAAAAGCUCCAUCACUGGAGGGCUGGAGGAGAGAUGGAGACUCCAGUGUUCUGGAGGCUGAAGUCAGGCAGUGUGUAUCAGUGUUUGUUAUUGUGUGGAGGAAAAAGGGGGGGUGGUGUGGGGGGGGGGGGGGGUUUGGGGAUAUAGGAGUUACACUUGCCUUGUCAGUCAAAGAAAUGAAUCCGCCCUGAUACCGUGUUGCUUAGUGACAGACUAACUGACCUUGAAAUUGAAUGUGUUGUUGAAACAAAACAAAGCAAAGAAAACCGAAGUACAUAAUGAAUAUAGAAGUUAAUCAGCCAACUAUAGCAACAGAAGUGAUCACAUUUAAUUUGAGCUUUUUUUUCCCAUAGUGAUAAUGACGUGCCCAUGAGAGUGGGUGAAAGAUUGAAAUGAUUUGGUCGCUAACUGGACUGGAGGUGUACUGUAGGGCGAUAAGAGGAUAGGAAGUGUUGAAUAUGCUUUGUGCCACCUGAAUCCCCAGGCAACAAAUCACCCCACAGAUGCACUUCUGUUUAUAUCAGUAUUUCUCCUAUUCCUGGAACAUCAUUUCUGGGGAUUAGAGUAAAAAUAGGUGUUAUGAUUUUGUGUGUGUGGGAUGUCGUAAUGUCUCAAGUCAUUUUGGAAGAUCACCAUUGUGCAGCACAGACACUCAGUUGCCACUUUGUUAGGAACACUUAACUAAAAACAAUGCAAUCUAAUACACCUGCAAUACAUCAAAGCUUAAACUCAUUUAGAGAGCUGUAGAUUCAACUGUACGUUUAUUUCAGAGGCUGAAGGUGGUAAGACUUGAAUUGUACAUGAUUCUACUAUUUUUCUUCUUUUUAAAUAUAUUUUUUGGGCUUUUUAUGCCUUUAAUAAUAGGACAGUGGAGAGUGACAGGAAGCAAAUAGGAGAGAGAGCAGGGGUGGGAAUCCGGAAAGGAC